AUGUCGCGUUUCUUCGUUUCAGGCUAUAAUUCUGAAUCCUCUUCCGAGGAGGAAGAUCUUUUGAGUAGUGAAGAAGAGUUAUUAACAUCAUCCGGAGAAGAAAAUGAAGACAGUGAUUUUUUCAAUGAUGAUGACGAGAGUAGUUCCGAUGAAGAAGAUGGCCGUCCAUCGGGACCUGCAUAUUUCUUGAAGAAAUCUUUUUUGAAAGGCGCAGGCGGUGAUUCAGACUCAGAUAGUGAUGAUGAAGGUAGAAAAGUUGUUAAGAGUGCCAAGGAAAAACUGUUGGAUGAUAUGAAAGCAUCAAUCGAAGUAAUCAAUGUCAACAAGAGAACCAAUAACUGGAUUGUAGUUUUGAGUGAGUUUGAAAAAUUAGGAAAGCUUAUCAACAGAGCUAACCAGCAGAAUUUUGGAACUCCUAAAUUCUAUGUUAAAUUGUUGGCAAGCUUGGAUGACUCAAUUACUGAAACAGUUAACAAUGAAAAGGAUGACAAGACCAUGAAGGCGGAUGAGGCAAGAGCUUUCAACACUUUGAGACAGAGAGUUAAGAAACAAAUCAAAGAAUUCCAAGUCUAUUUCGAUUUGUACAAGGAUGUUCCAGAGAAUUUCGACCAAGAGGACGAGUCUUUGGAUUCUUUUGCCAAGAACCAGGAGACAAGAGAGGAAACACGUACUUUGAGCCCAAUUUUCCACAACUUGAAGCUCAUUAACGAGUCGAGAGGUAAAAAGAACAUUGACAAGAGUGAGCAAGUGACCACAUUGGAAGGUUUAAUAAGCGAUGAAGCAAGUGAUUUUGAGCUUAUUUCAUUAUACCAGUCUUUGUUAUCUGUUAGAUUUGAUGCCUCUUCGAACCAAUCAUUUAUGGCCAUUCAAGAUUGGAGAUCGAACAAGAGAGAUUUGAACAACUUGUUGGAUAUUUUGGUCAAAUCAAAAGUCUACCAACUUAGUGAGGAAGGCCAAACCACUGAUGAUAUCGAUAUUGAGCCUACUGCUAAUGAAGAUGGCGUCAAGGUUAUUUAUGGAUCAGUAACAUCACUCAUUGACAGAUUGGACGACGAAUUUACCAAAUCAUUGCAAAACACAGACCCACAUUCAAUGGAGUACGUUGAGAGAUUAAAAGACGAGACUGAGAUUUACAACUUGAUUGUUAGAGGACAAGCAUACAUAGAGUCAAUUGUUGCUGAUAAGCAACAAAGCAACCAAUUAGCUAGAGUUGUAUUGAGGAGAUUGGAGCACAUUUACUACAAACCUAACCAAUUAAUCAAAGCCAACGAGGAAGAAGCUUGGAAGAAUAUCAAGCCAUCCACACAAACGCCGUCAGAAGUAAUUGAGAGUUUGACUCAAUUUUUGCAAAGCAACAAAGUGUUUGCUAAGCAAGCUUUGUUAUACUCAAUCUACUAUUACGCUGUUAAUGGUGACUACAACAAGGCUAAGGAGUUGUUCUUAUCGGCACACUUUAACCUUUCAGAUUCUGCAUUGCAAGUUUCAUACAACAGAGCAUUGGUUCAAUUAGGUUUAAGUGCAUUCAGAUCUGGAGCUAUUGAAGAGUCACACAAGAUUCUUAAUGAAAUGGUUAAUUCUCAAAGAUCAAAAGAAUUGUUGGGCCAAGGUUUCAACUCCAAAUUCCCCAACCAAGCCACCGUUGUUGAAAAGCAAAGAUUGUUGCCAUUCCACCAACACAUCAACUUGGAGCUUUUGGAAUGUGUCUACAUGACAUGCUCAUUGCUUAUUGAGAUCCCAGCAUUGGCCUCAAACAAGGAUCCUAAGCGCAGAAACGCUUCUUUGAAAUCUUUCAAGAGCAAAUUAGAAUUUCACGAUAGACAAUACUUUACUGGUCCUCCAGAAAGUAUAAAAGAUCAUAUCGUGCAUGCCUCCAUUGCUUUGCAAAAAGGUGACUGGUCCAAGGCAUACAACCUCUUGUCCUCGAUCAAAAUUUGGCACCUUUUCCCAGAUCACGACAAUUUAUUGGCUAUGAUGAAGAACCAAUUACAAAUUGAAGGUUUGAGAACAUAUAUUUUCACUUACAAAGCUGUAUAUUCGAAGUUAUCAAUCUCCAAGUUGAGUUCUAUUUUUGGUUUGCUGCAGGAAAAUGUCUCUGAAGUUUUGACUCAAAUGAUUGAAAAACUGGACAUCAAUGGUGAAGUUAGCGGUGACUAUAUUGUCUAUACUACUGACUCACAAAGAUCCAAAUUGCAAGAGUUGGCUAUUGUUAUGAACGAUAAGAUCCAAUUGUUGACUGAAAAGAAUGAAAAGACUUCUUCGAACGGAUACGCUAAGAAGAAUCAAUCACAGACACAGCCGCAAGCUCAAAGCAAGGAGGUUGAAGAGAACAAGUUUAGAUAUGCAAAUGUCAACACAAACACUGAUGAGUUUUAA